AUGAAAAGUCCUUCUUUGGGAUAAGUAACGAUAUUGUUACCAUCUCCUAUUAACACAAUUUACCCAUACCGAAAUAAUACUUUCAACGCCUCCGUCAAUUCGCACCUACAAAUCACACCCAUCAUGAACCCCCGAGUAGGCGUAGGCGUCUUCGUCAUCAACCACAAAGGGCAGAUAGUUCUUGGUCAACGCAAAAGCAGUCAUGGCGCUGGUACCUGGGCCCUACCCGGCGGCCAUCUCGAAUUCAACGAGUCGUUCGAGGACUGCGCGGCACGUGAAGUACUAGAAGAGACAGGCCUCAAAGUCAGCGACAUACAGUUCCUCACAGCGACCAAUGAUAUUAUGAAAGAAGAGGGAAAGCACUACGUUACUGUUUUCGUGGGCUGUACUGUUGUUGGAGAUGAUGCGCAGCCGGAGCUAUUGGAACCCCACAAAUGUGAACAGUGGAAGUGGGUGACCUGGGAAGAAGUUUCCUCGUAUCAUAGCGAUCCAAACUCCAACCACAGGCUGUUCAUACCCUUGGUCAAUCUGCUCGAGCAGAGACCGGGAUUUCAUCCUGCUAGACGGGGAUGACCUUGUUUCUCUCAAUGAUUUAGGAAGAUUCACCGUUGUUUCUUUAUUACCUAGAGACUAUUACAUAC